UUCCCCCAAAUAAACUCGUCUUUCCUUCUCAGGAGAAGCCAGAACAGCCUGAAACCCUGCAAUUUGAGGUAUGCAGCAGAUCCUAUUGCAAUUUUCCGGCGGCAUCCACUGCAAAAGUAUCAUCUCCUGUUAACCAGCGGCGAUCUUCGAGCUUUGAGGAACCGAUCAUGACACUUCUCUUAUUGAUUCGGGGCAUUCAUUCUACCAAAAUUCUCUCCCGACUGCGUGCGUCUCUGAUUCCUCCUAGUGUUUCUGUUGGUUUUCCAAAACGUUACUUUUUCUCCUGUUCUUCUCUUCCUGCCUCGUCCCCUAGAGCGAAAUUCCCGUGUAGAGGUUCCAAUCAGCGUAACACCUCACCAGCUGAUCACGGAAGCGCGUGGCUUUGUCACAGAACCUUACUGUUUUCCACUAGAGAUGCCUUCGUUCUCAAGAGCCAUCUAAAUCGGCAGCAAGAUCGGUUUUUUUCUAGCACUCGAGUUGCUCUGGCUGCUUCAGUGUGUGCAGAAGAACUUCCUGAUGCUUCUUCUGGACAGAGAAUCACUCGCUCUGACCGAACAGAUGCUCAAAAUGCUUUCGUUGACUACCUUCAUGUUACCAGAGGCCUGCCUUUCAUGGACGCUGAGCACAUUAGCAAGAACUCUCCUGAGUUCCUCCAGCGCAUACUUGCGAAGAUUGACAAUGAUGAUGAUGUAGGGAGGUCCCUCUCUAGAUAUCUUCGCUAUCACCCCAUCAAUGAAUUUGAGCCCUUUUUUGAAAGUUUGGGUCUGAACCCAUCAGAAAUUCAGCCCCUCCUUCCUCGAAAUCUGAUGUUUCUCGAGGAUGAUGAUGUUUUGCUCGAGAACUAUAAUAUUCUUUGCAACUAUGGAGUUCCCAGAAGAAAGAUUGGUAAGAUGUACAAAGAAGAGACUGAAAUUUUCAGGUAUGAUUUUGGUGUUUUGCACUCAAAGCUUUGUGCUUAUGAAGCACUUGGGCUCAGCAAACCUACCAUGAUCAAUCUUGUUACAUGCUGUCCUUCACUUUUAGUUGGUGGUGUAAAUGCAAACUUUCAUAAGGUUCUUGGGAAAUUGAAGAGCCUAGGUAUUGAGCUGGAUUGGAUCCGAGGAUGUUUGUCAGACAAGAGCUUUUAUAAUUGGAAAUGGAUUCUUGGUAUGCUGAAUUUUCUUGAUGGAAUUGGUUGUGAUAAGAAUGAAUUGUCUUCUCUGGUUAGAAACAACCCAAAUUUUGUUUUUGAUGAUUCUGGAAAGAAAAUAUACAUUGUAGUUGCAAUCCUGUUAAAGCUGGGUCUUAGAAAGUCCAAUAUAUUAGUUUUAUUUGUGCAGUACCCGCAAAUCCUGGCUGGGAACUUCACGAAAAACUUGUUGCAGUCUGUGCAUUUCUUAGCAGAGAUUGGAAUGUUGAGCGAUGAUAUUGCUAGCAUUUUGUCUUCCCAUGCCCAAGUUUUGGGUUCUUGUUCUUGUAAGAAACCUGAUGUUGUUUUGACAGACCUAAAUGUAUCCAAGAUAACGUUGUGUGAGAUUAUAAAAGAAGAUCCCAGUCAGUUUGGAACAUUAGUUUCAAAAAAGAAGGUUGAUGUUCUCAUUUUCCGUAACAUGGAUGGACAUUUUCUUCAAGAAAAGACCAAUUUCUUGUUGAAGCUGGGGUUUAUAGAGAAUUCUGAUGAAAUGGCUAAAGCACUGGGCAAGUUCCGAGGGAGAGGGGACCAACUGCAAGAGCGACUUGACGUCCUAGUGAAUGCUGGAUUAGAUUGCAACACUGUUUCUCAGAUGAUUAAGGCAGUUCCUGCCAUUCUUAAUCAAUCAAUAGAUUCAAUUGAGAAAAAGAUUGACUUUCUUCUGAAUCACAUGGGCUAUUCGAUUGAAUCACUUGUUGACUUUCCAGCAUUCUUGUGCUACAAUAUAGACAAGAUCAAGCUGAGGUUUACUAUGUAUGCUUGGCUCAAAGAAAGAAAGGUAACAACUCCUAGGAAAGCUGUCCACUCAAAUGUAGCCUUGAGUACGAUUCUUGCAUGCUCGGACACAAGGUUUGUGAAAUACGUUGUCAAUCUUCAUCCCGACGGGCCUAAUGAAUGGGAGAAGUUGAAGCUGGGGUUUAUAGAGAAUUCUGAAGAAAUGGCUAAAGCACUGGGCAAGUUCCGAGGGAGAGGGGACCAACUGCAAGAGACACUUGACGUCCUAGUGAAUGCUGGAUUAGAUUGCAACACUGUUUCUCAGAUGAUUAAGGCAGUUCCUGCCAUUCUUAAUCAAUCAAUAGAUACAAUUGAGAAAAAGAUUGACUUUCUUCUGAAUCACAUGGGCUAUUCGAUUGAAUCACUUGUUAACUUUCCAGCAUUCUUGUGCUACAAUAUAGACAAGAUGAAGCUGAGGUUUACUAUGUAUGCUUGGCUCAAAGAAAGAAAGGUAACAACUCCUAGGAAAACUGUCCACUCAAAUGUAGCCUUGAGUACGAUUCUUGCAUGCUCGAACACAAGGUUUGUGAAAUGCAUUGUCAAUCUUCAUCCCGACGGGCCUAAUGAAUGGGAGAAGUUGAAGAAUUCCUUCUCAUCAAAAUAAAAGGUUAGCAACAUUGCCUACCCUUCGCCAGUUUCCAUCCUCACAAACAUUCGAUGAUGCUCGUUUGGCACCAAUGUUCUUCAAAGUGGUAUAGUCAUAAGCAAUGGCCGGUUUCUGAGCUUCUAGCAGCUUCUCUAAAUUAUAGAUCUUCCUAAACCUUGUAUCACAUUCAGUUAGUUUUUUGGAUUAGUAGGCACCAUUUUUUGAUCGGUUUGUGUUCCAGGGCCACAAUGACAACUCAUUGUAGACUUGUAGCAACUGAAAGUUUUUCAUAAUGAUAUAGCAUCUCUGAGGCCACAAAAAACAUUCCAUGUUAUAUAACUUCAGUUUUAUGGAU